AUGUCAAUGCAAUCUCAUCUCCAAGACAUAGGCCUUGUACAAUACGCGCAAGACUGUGGCUUUGAAACGUGGCGGGAUCUUGUUUGCAUCACCGAGUCUGACCUAGAGCAGAUAGGAAUGUUACGAGGCCACCGAAGAAAGCUUCAGCGAGUGCUGAAUCUCUUUUCGGUCAAAGAAAAUGGGCCUUUACUAGUAACUUCAACCUCUGAGCAACAGUAUCAGAAGAGGCGAUAUAGGCGUCAUCCAAAGCGAGACUCGAACGCGCCUGCGAGACCCAAGACUGCUUAUCAACUAUUUGCAAGAGAAGUUCGUCGACAGAUGCAAGAUGAUAAUAUGACGUUUGUCGAGCUUGCCAAAUUGGUAGGUGCGAGAUGGGCAAUACUGUCACCAGAUGAGCGCAAUACCUUUUUAUCGGCAUCGAAAGCGAAGUUGCGAUUUCAAGACCAAUUACGACUUUAUACAGGAACAGAAGAGCAUCUACGCUACCAACAAUAUCUCCAAGGUUUCAAGAAUCAACAUGACUCCUCUGGCCAAGCCCAGCAAAGUUCAGAGGCCAGAAACUCUCAUAUGAACGAGCAGCCUUCUGAGCCUACGAGAGAUGAUGCAAUUCUAGGAUCCCAGACCACCCCUUUGCAACGGCAGCAGGGGCAGACAACGGGUGGGGCCACCGACGGCCACACACUGGUUGGCUCAGGAGAAAGAACCCUCGCUAAGGUCGAUCGGUACGAGGAAAUGAAGUCUUCUUCACCUGUGUCUUGCCUUUUUCAAGCUAACUGCGCGAAUCCGAACCACGCAGUCCCAAUAGAGGGCCAUGGAGAGAACCAGAUUAGAGACUGUGCGAGUACGUCAACAACGCGGCUAGACAAUUCGCAAUACUUUCGGACGGUGCUGCACACAUAA